AUGAAUACAAGCGGGGAACAAGCGAAAGCGGGAAUUGGAGCAAAGUGGAGGAAAGCAAGAAUGGGCGAAAAAGAAACGGAAUGGGUAUGGAGCAAGAGCGAGGGAACGGGAUCGAGCGAGGGAACGGAAUCGAGCGAAGGAACGGGAUCAAGAGAGAGAAUAGGAUCAAGAGAGAGAACGGGAUCAAGAGAGGGAACAGGAUCAAAAGAGGGAACGGGAUCAAGAGUGAGGGCAGGACCAAGAGUGGGAACGGGAUCAAGAAUGGGAGCGGGAUCAAGAAUGGAAAUAGAAGCGAGGGGAACGGGAGAAAAAGAGAGGGAAAGG